AUGAGCAGUAAAAAUCAUCAUAAAAGUAUACUUUUAACUAAUCCCGAUGGGUUCCAAUCUCAUUUAUUUGAGCCAUCCACUAGCCACACUAAUGAUGUUGCUAAUAUCGAACAUGUGGUACCAGCGGAUGAACCUGAACCAAUCAGUCCCGAGACUCAGAGGGGAGGUAGUGUAGAUGGAACAGGCGGAAUGGGAGUCCAAUUUGAUUCUGAACAACUGAAGAGAGGUAGAAGUCGUAUUAUGAAACGUGAUAUUGCUGUGCGUAAUGAUAGUAGUGGGUCUCGUUCUAAUAGCAAGAGUGUUGGUAGCAUGAGUAGAUCACGAUCAAGGUCAAGGUCGAUGUCCAGAUCAAGGAGUAGGAUCCGUGAAGAAGAGUUUUUAAAAUGGACAGUAUUAAGACAAGAUCCGUCGAUGAGAUUAUAUAAUGUGAAACAUAAGAAUAUCAAGAAGAAAAAUGUUGUUGACAAGAAAGUUACUGAAGAAGAUGAAGAAGAAGAAGAAGGGGAAGGACAUUCUGAGGAUUCCGAGGAAGACGAUGAGGAUGAGGAUGAUGAGGAAGAAGAAGAAUCGGAUGAAGAGCAAGUAAGUGAUAUUGAAGAUGAUGCUGAAAUUGACUCUAAAUUUGAUUACGAUCCUGGAAUGAAAGUCUUACCCAAUUUUGUUGUCAGUAUUAAUGAUGUAUUAGAGAGCAAGAAACCAUGGAUUGCAAAAUUUGUUAGAGAUGGUGGAGAUGCCAAAAUUGAAGAAGGAAUUAAAUUUGAUAAGAUGGAUGAAGGGUAUGUACGUGGAUUAAAAUUAUUGACUAAGAGACUAGAUAUCGAAGGACCUGUAGCUGAUACAAUCCAAUCAACUACUAUUGAAGGUGAUGCUAAAAACAAUACAGAAUCAAAUGGGAAUUGCUACAUAUUGUACGUUGACAUGUCCAGUGAAUCCAUGUAUGCCUUAACUUAUUUGAUGGGUACGAUUGUUAAUAAUGGAGAUAUGUUAUAUAUUGUCCAUUGGGAAUCUAGUGGCAAAAAUGUCUCUGAAGAUAUAAUAAGACAAAAUAUCGUCAAACUUGGUGAACAUUGUUACCAUUUAUUUGAUUGUAUCAGCGGUGUAGUAGAUACAUUGGAUGUAAUAAUAUUAUCGUUGACUCAUCCUUAUCCAAAACAUUUAUUGAAUGAAAUGAUAUCCACGUUGAAACCACAAACGUUAUGUUGCUCAUUAUCUAUGAUUUUAUCCGGUUUACAAAAUUUUGUUUGUGGUGUACCUACACUUGUCAUAAGGAAGAAACUAAAGAGAACUAAGAAGAAAGGUAUAAUGGAGUGA